AUGGGCACGGUGCACGCACGGGUAAGCGCCGCGCCGCGGGGCGGCGGGAAAAGAGCCCGUCGAAGGGCGGUUCAGAGGCCCCGCCCGGCGCUCACCUCUGGGCCUCUCCCGAAGGUCGCCGGGGGACCGGUCGGCGACCUUCACAGCAAGCCUGGGGAGGGGGACGAGCAGCGGCCGUGCUCUUCGGGCGGGUAUAGCGCCGUUCACCGGGGACAGGACCGAGAUCAGCAGCGGGCCGUUCUGCCAUGCGGUGCCGUGCCCCGCCUCACUCGAUGGGCUCCGCGCACGCCCUGUCGGUGGCAGCCCGAGGCUAUAUGCAGAGUGUUGGGCAGCCGGGCCGGCGACCCCCGUCUCGCCACGGGCAUGACUGCGGCUCGGCUGGUGGCAGGUGCAGGCGUAGGCGCCUGGGCCGGUCUCAGCUGCCGCUAUAAUGAAGCACCGAAGAGCACUGCUUCCCCUUCACAGAUCUGUACUUCCUCCAUGGUGGCGGUCGAGGUUGACAUUACCAGUUUGGAGCCCCUUCCAAUGCCUGGGCCAGACUUCGGUGCCUUGGGAGAGGAGGCUGAACUGGUUGAGGUUGAACCUGAGGCCAAGCAGGAAAUUCUUGAAAACAAAGAUGUGGUGGUUCAGCAUGUGCACUUUGAUGGACUUGGAAGGACCAAAGAUGACAUUAUCAUGUAUGAAAUUGCUGAUGUUUUCAAGGCUAAGAAUCUCAUUGAUGUGAUGAGAAAAUCGCAUGAAGCUCGUGAAAAUUUGCUUCGCCUUGGAAUCUUUCGGCAGGUGGAUGUGCUGAUUGAUACCUGCCAGGGAGAUGAUGCCCUUCCAAAUGGUUUAGAUGUGACCUUCGAGGUAACGGAACUGAGAAGACUAACUGGGAGCUAUAACACUAUGGUUGGCAACAAUGAAGGCAGUAUGGUACUUGGGCUCAAAUUCCCAAAUCUCUUUGGGCGUGCAGAAAAGGUAACCUUCCAGUUUUCCUACGGAACAAAGGAGACUUCCUACGGCCUGUCCUUCUUCAAACCACAGCCUGGCAAGUUUGAAAGAAAUUUUUCAGUUAACCUCUAUAAAGUAACUGGGCAGUUUCCUUGGAGCUCUCUUCGUGAGACUGAUAGAGGAAUCUCCACAGAGUUUAAUUUUCCAAUCUGGAAGACCAACCACACGCUGAAGUGGGAGGGUGUGUGGAGAGAGCUUGGCUGCCUUGCUAGGACAGCAUCCUUUUCUGUUCGAGAAGAAAGCGGACACUCUCUUAAAUCUUCCCUCUCUCAUGCAAUGGUUAUCGAUUCCCGCAACUCUUCGAUUUUGCCAAGACGAGGUGCUUUGCUCAAAAUCAAUCAGGAGCUGGCUGGCUACACGGGUGGAGAUGUGAGCUUUCUGAAAGAGGAUUUUGAAUUUCAGCUGAACAAGCAACUGCUCUGGGAUUCGGUUUUCUCAGCAUCACUUUGGGGUGGAAUCCUGGUGCCUAUUGGAGACAAGCCAUCCAGUAUAGCUGACAGGUUUUACCUUGGUGGACCAACAAGCGUGCGUGGGUUCAGUAUGUACAGCAUCGGGCCCCAGAGUGAAGGUGAUUAUCUGGGAGGAGAAGCCUACUGGGCUGGUGGCUUGCAUCUCUAUACUCCUCUCCCUUUCCGGCCAGGUCAGGGAGGGUUUGGAGACCUUUUCCGAACACAUUUCUUCCUUAAUGCUGGAAACCUCUGCAAUCUUAACUAUGGUGAUGGUCCCAGAGCUCACCUGCAGAAACUGGCAGAGUAUAUCCGAUGGUCUUACGGUACUGGAAUCGUUCUCCGACUUGGAAACAUUGCCAGAUUAGAACUUAACUACUGUUUCCCCCUGGGAGUACAGUCUGGUGACAGGAUAUGUGAUGGUGUUCAGUUUGGAGCAGGAAUUAGAUUUCUAUAGCUCACAAAUGUGUUGCAUCAGCAUAUGAAAUUGUGCUCUGUCAUUGGAAUCAAGACUCUCCAAUAGCUAAGAUGUGGUCUAACUUUUUUCCUUGAACUAUGGAUACACAUUGGAGUGAUUUACCUCUCAGAUUCCACCAGAAACUACAUUAAACAAUUAUGCUCUAAAGGUUUCUUGUACUCU